AGCGAAUCAUCUGUUACUCCAAUGUGAAAAUCAGUCUGAAUCUCAAGGUGUUAUCAGGCAGAACUGUUUGAUAAGUUUCAAUAGUUUUAUUAUCUAUAACCUAUUUGACUUUGUUGUUCUUUGCAAUCUAAUAGUGUCUUUUGUUGGGUUUUGUUAAAUUAUUUGCAUUAUUCACUAACUUUGAACUAUCUCAACAUUUCAAUCAUGGCUUGUAAAGUUGGAAGAUUGGUUACCAAAGACUCUGCUUUGUUUAUAUGUGAUAUCCAGGAAAAGUUUCGUAACAUGAUUCAAUUUUUUCCUGGUAUCUGUGAAGUUUCUUCCAGACUUUUGAAAGCUGCUAAAAUUUUAGAUGUGCCUGUUGUUGUUACCGAACAAUAUCCUCAAGGUUUAGGCAAUACGGUUCAAGAAAUUGGAUUAGCCAAUUAUCCUGAUAUUAAAACUAUUACCAAGACUCAAUUCUCUAUGAUGGUUCCUGAAGUCGUGGAUUUAUUGUCUAAACAACACUCAAAUGUUAAAUCGGUCAUUUUAUGUGGUAUUGAGGCUCACGUAUGUGUCCAAGGAACUUGUCUCCAUCUCUUAGAAAGAGGAUUCGAUGUUCAUCUGGUUGUUGAUGGUAUCUCUUCAAGAUCCAACGUUGACAGAAUGUUUGCUUUUGAUCGAAUGAAAUCAGCUGGAGCUUGGUUGACUACUAGUGAAGCUGUGAUUUUAGGACUAGUUGGUGACGCUUCUCAUCCACAUUUCAAAGCAUGUCAGAAACUAAUUAUUAACCCACCACCUGAUACCGGAUUAAGUAGCCUGUUUUCAUCUAAAAUAUGAAUUCAUAUCUGAUUUGAACAUCAGUCCAUUCUCAAUUUUCAGAUUUACCUGUGGAUCUUUCCUUCUUAUCAAAGAAAAGCUCCAAAUCUUUGGUUUGUUAGUCUUAAGAUUCUACCUUGUCUGAAACAAAUCAUGGACAAACUUGCAGCACCGAACUCAAUAUAAUAUCUAAUUUAAAUGAUAUAUCUUUUUUUGAUUCAAAUUAUGGCAAAUCUAAGUAGUAACAAACCUAGUGGAAUUAAGUGAGUUUAUAGUCGAAUUGAAGCUUUUGCGAUUUUUGACUAGAAUAACUAACUUUCCCAUGCAAUUUCAAGAAUUCAUGUAUCUUGUAAAAUCAGCAAUAUCCUUUGUAUCUGUCCCAAAACUUGAUUGUUACCUUGUUCAAAUUUUAUAUAAAUUGUUUAUUUUCGUCUUUCACUAAAACUAUUUUCAUAUUUGUCUAUUAAGUAUGUAUCCGUAGAUUUGCCUUA